AUGCUAGGUGGGGUUACCAAGUUAGAUGUAGUUGUCAAGUUAGGUGGGGUUACCAAGUUAGAUGUAGUUGUCAAGUUAGGUACGGUUACCAAGUUAGAUGUAGUUGUCAAGUUAGGUGGGGUUACCAAGUUAGAUGUGGUUAUCAAGUUAGAUGUGGUUAUCAAGUUAGGCGUGGUUAUCAAGUUAGAUGUAGUUGUCAAGUUAGGUGGGGGUUACCAAGUAUUUGUCUCCUCACAGGUGUGGGUACUAGGUAUUUGUGACUCCACACAGGUGUGGGUGCUAGGUAUUGGAGACUCCUCACAGGUGUGGGUACUAGGUAUUUGUGACUCCACACAGGUGAGGGUACUAGGUAUUUGUGACUCCUCACAGGUGUGGGUACUAGGUAUUUGUGACUCCACACAGGUGUGGGUACUAGGUAUUUGUGACUCCUCACAGGUGAGGGUACUAGGUAUUUGUGACUCCACACAGGUCAGGGUACUGGGUAUUUGUGACUCCACACAGGUCAGGGUACUAGGUAUUUGUGACUCCACACAGGUGAGGGUACUAGGUAUUUGUGACUCCACACAGGUGUGGGUACUAGGUAUUUGUGACUCCACACAGGUGUGGGUACUAGGUAUUGGUGACUCCUCACAGGUGUGGGUACUAGGUAUUUGUGACUCCUCACAGGUGUGGGUACUAGGUAUUGGAGACUCCACACAGGUGUGGGUACUAGGUAUUUGUGACUCCACACAGGUGAGGGUACUAGGUAUUUGUGACUCCUCACAGGUGUGGGUACUAGGUAUUGGAGACUCCACACAGGUGUGGGUACUAGGUAUUUGUGACUCCUCACAGGUGUGGGUACUAGGUAUUUGUGACUCCUCACAGGUGUGGGUACUAGGUAUUGGAGACUCCACACAGGUGUGGGUACUAGGUAUUUGUGACUCCACACAGGUGUGGGUACUAGGUAUUGGAGACUCCACACAGGUAUGGGUACUAGGUAUUUGUGACUCCACACAGGUGAGGGUACUAGGUAUUUGUGACUCCACACAGGUGUGGGUACUAGGUAUUUGUGACUCCACACAGGUGUGGGUACUAGGUAUUUGUGACUCCACACAGGUGUGGGUACUAGGUAUUGGAGACUCCACACAGGUGUGGGUACUAGGUAUUGGUGACUACACACAGGUGAGGGUACUAGGUAUUUGUGACUCCACACAGGUGAGGGUACUAGGUAUUUGUGACUCCUCACAGGUGUGGGUACUAGGUAUUGGAGACUCCACACAGGUGAGGGUACUAGGUAUUUGUGACUCCACACAGCUGAGGGUACUAGGUAUUUGUGACUCCACACAGGUGUGGGUACUAGGUAUUGGAGACUCCACACAGGUGUGGGUACUAGGUAUUUGUGACUCCUCACAGGUGUGGGUACUAGGUAUUGGAGACUCCACACAGGUGAGGGUACUAGGUAUUUGUGACUCCACACAGGUGAGGGUACUAGGUAUUUGUGACUCCACACAGGUGUGGGUACUAGGUAUUGGAGACUCCACACAGGUGUGGGUACUAGGUAUUUGUGACUCCUCACAGGUGUGGGUACUAGGUAUUGGAGACUCCACACAGGUGUGGGUACUAGGUAUUUGUGACUCCUCACAGGUGUGGGUACUAGGUAUUGGAGACUCCACACAGGUGUGGGUACUAGGUAUUUGUGACUCCACCCAGGUGAGGGUACUAGGUAUUUGUCUCCUCACAGGUGAGGGUACUAGGUAUUGGAGACUCCACACAGGUGUGGGUACUAGGUAUUUGUCUCCUCACAGGUGAGGGUACUAGGUAUUUGUGACUCCACACAGGUGUGGGUACUAGGUAUUGGAGACUCCACACAGGUGUGGGUACUAGGUAUUUGUGACUCCACACAGGUGAGGGUACUAGGUAUUUGUGACUCCACCCAGGUGAGGGUACUAGGUAUUUGUCUCCUCACAGGUGAGACUACUAGGUAUUUGUGACUCCACACAGGUGUGGGUACUAGGUAUGUGUGACUCCACACAGGUGUGGGUACUAGGUAUUUGUGACUCCACACAGUUGUGGGUACUAGGUAUUUGUGACUCCACACAGGUGAGGGUACUAGGUAUUUGUGACUCCACACAGGUGAGGGUACUAGGUAUUUGUGACUCCACCCAGGUGAGGGUACUAGGUAUUUGUCUCCUCACAGGUGAGACUACUAGGUAUUUGUGACUCCACACAGGUGUGGGUACUAGGUAUGUGUGACUCCACACAGGUGUGGGUACUAGGUAUGUGUGACUCCACACAGGUGUGGGUACUAGGUAUUUGUGACUCCACACAGGUGAGGGUACUAGGUAUUUGUGACUCCACACAGGUGUGGGUACUAGGUAUUUGUGACUCCACACAGGUGUGGGUACUAGGUAUUUGUGACUCCACCCAGGUGUGGGUACUAGGUAUUUGUGACUCUUCACAGGUGUGGGUACUAGGUAUUGGAGACUCCACACAGGUGUGGGUACUAGGUAUUUGUGACUCCUCACAGGUGUGGGUACUAGGUAUUGGAGACUCCACACAGGUGUGGGUACUAGGUAUUUGUGACUCCACCCAGGUGAGGGUACUAGGUAUUUGUCUCCUCACAGGUGAGGGUACUAGGUAUUGGAGACUCCACACAGGUGUGGGUACUAGGUAUUUGUCUCCUCACAGGUGAGACUACUAGGUAUUUGUGACUCCACACAGGUGUGGGUACUAGGUAUUGGAGACUCCACACAGGUGUGGGUACUAGGUAUUUGUGACUCCACACAGGUGAGGGUACUAGGUAUUUGUGACUCCACCCAGGUGAGGGUACUAGGUAUUUGUCUCCUCACAGGUGAGACUACUAGGUAUUUGUGACUCCACACAGGUGUGGGUACUAGGUAUGUGUGACUCCACACAGGUGUGGGUACUAGGUAUUUGUGACUCCACACAGUUGUGGGUACUAGGUAUUUGUGACUCCACACAGGUGAGGGUACUAGGUAUUUGUGACUCCACCCAGGUGAGGGUACUAGGUAUUUGUCUCCUCACAGGUGAGACUACUAGGUAUUUGUGACUCCACACAGGUGUGGGUACUAGGUAUGUGUGACUCCACACAGGUGUGGGUACUAGGUAUGUGUGACUCCACACAGGUGUGGGUACUAGGUAUUUGUGACUCCACACAGGUGAGGGUACUAGGUAUUUGUGACUCCACACAGGUGUGGGUACUAGGUAUUUGUGACUCCACACAGGUGUGGGUACUAGGUAUUUGUGACUCCACCCAGGUGAGGGUACUAGGUAUUUGUCUCCUCACAGGUGAGGGUACUAGGUAUUUGUCUCCACACAGGUGUGGGUACUGGGUAUUUGUGACUCCUCACAGGUGAGGGUACUAGGUAAUGGAGACCCCUCACAGGUGAGGGUACUUGGUAUUUGAAAUUAAGUUUUAUAAUAUUGUACAUUUUAUUCUCUUGAUUCCAUGUUUGUUAUACACAGUAUUUUACUGUACAAAGUGCCCUAUUACUAUCAUGCUUCAUUAACUUAGAGAAAGUUAUCUUUUUAUAUUUCACUGGUUUUAUAUCAAACAAACAUCGAUAAGUUUUAAACCACUGUUUACUUUCCUUGUUUUUUCUGUCUUCUUCCCCUUAAUAAUGUGUUUUGUAUACAAAUGUACAUGAUUUUAAAUUAGUCUUCGCUUUUUUUAUUAAAGAUAAAUUUUAUUAUUAAUAAUGCAAUAUUUUUGUCAAAGAGAAUACAUUAUAUUUAAAAAUAGGUCUUUUGAGCAGACCAAACAAUGCAUCUUGUUGAUAAGACUAAAUACCCGGUAGUGAUAUUUUUAUAUAUCUACCACGGAAGUAUCUAUAUUUUUGUCAGACUGUCCAAGUUCUACCACUUAAGUGGAAUUUCUUCUUUUGUUUGUUAAAGUCUGUCAAAGAAAAAUAACUUCCUAAUGACUGUGUUAUGCUGAACUAGAAAAUGAGACAGGUGCAUACUAUUAAAUUAAAGGAACUUCAAGGUCAAAGUCAUAAAUAUGACUUUCAACUCAAGGUCACCUUGUUCCAAUAAUAUGCCAAGAACUAAGAGACAUAUAGGUGACAUUUACUGAUUAAUUAUUAGACACCUUUAUUGUGUUUCCUGGAUUUGCAAUACUUGAAGAAAUUUUACUGAAUAUGUGUAUUUUGACAAUGUUUAGUAGUUCAUAUGAUUAAGUUUAUUUUGAUGAAAUAUCCAUAGUGAUACAAAUUUUGUUGAGAAAAAGAAAUGUUUUAUAGGAUCUAAGUCCUAGGUUAACCUGUUUGUAUAUUACAGAAUGUCUUGUGAAAGUCGACAUGGUGAAUCACUAACAAAUCAUGAACAAAUGCUUUAAGUAUAAAAUGUAUCUGAUUUAUCAUGGACCAAUCACAAGUAGAUCAACAUCAGCUUUGUGUGAAUGACAAUAUUUUCAGGUCAAAAAUAUAAGAAGUCUUCCUGAAGGCCAUAAGCUUUAUAUGAAUGACAAUAUUUUCAGGGUGAAAAAUGAGUCUUCCUGAUCGAAGGACAAAGAGUAAUGGAAAUGUUUGAAACCAUAGGGAUACUUUGUAUGUUCAUACUAAUGGUAUAGCUUUCCUUUUUAGCAAGGGAAUUAACUCUUUCAUGCUUAGAAAUUUUAGAACAUAUGACUUUGCAAUUAACUUCUAUAGAUAAAGCUUACAUAUUAUAUCUUGCUUCAUUUAUCAUAUUUCAUAUGUAUUUCUGAUCAAUACAACUUAGGAAUAAUGUUUAUAUAUAUACAUGGACAUAAACUACAAUGUAGAAAAAAGUAUCAUAUCAAUUUGAAAUACAGCUUCAGCAUUUCACUGAAGUAAGAUAUCACUACUUGUAGGAUGAACACAUUGACACCUGUCAUAAAGACCAUUUGUCUAUAAAGGUUAUCUGUGUAUAAAGGCCUGUCUAUUUAAGUUACCUGUGUAUAAAGGUCUGUCUAUAUAGGCAAUUUGUGUAUAAUGGCAACAUGUUUAUGUAGGUAACCUGUGUACAAAGGCCACCUGUCUACAUAGGUCACCUAUGUAUAUUAGCACCAUACAUGUUUAUGUUGGUAACCUGUGUAUAAAGGCCACCUGUCUACAUAGGUCAGCUGUGUAUUGUUUAUGUUGGUAACCUGUGUAUAAAGGCCACCUGUCUACAUAGGUCACCUGUGUAUAAUAGCACCAUACAUGAUUAUGCUGGUAACCUGUGUAUAAGGCCACCUGUCUAUUAGGUAACCUGCAUAUUCAUGUCAUGUCUAUAUAGGGUACCUGUGUAUGAAGACCACCCAUCUAUAGAUGUUUUUGACCCUGCUGUAGGUGAAAGUUUUUAUGUACCUCUGGUGUUUAUUUAAAGAAAUGUGUAGUAGUGCUAAACUAUUCAUUAACUACCCUAUAAAGCUACAACAGUAUAUAAUUAUAUAACAUUCCGUGCAGCUGGCAUAACUACCAUACUUAUCUUGUAAAAAGCCAACACCGAUAUCUGACUAAGGCGGGUUUAGGCCAUUACAUGACUAUGAAACUGUACAUGUUGGCAUAUCUACUAAACUGUAAAAUAUAUCAGCAGGCUUACUGACAGGCAUGGGCUUCUUCCAGGUUAAUUAUGAUGACAUUACAAAGAUUUAAGUUUGGUUAAAAAUGAUAUUUUGCAUUAUUGCUGCAUUGGAAUUCUUAGUAAAUAGGCAUACUUUUGUGCAUAUACCGUAGAAUGAAAUGAUACAAGUAUAUAGCCGAUGUGUACAUAUACAUAAAAGUACUUAAUAACUAUUGUGACCAAAAAAUUCUCUUUGUCUUUUAAAUCAGUAUUAUGUUAGAUUUAGUGACAUAUAUUGUCAUUAGUUUAUAAUAACAACAAAAUGUAUCUACAUAAUGAUCGACGAAAAUCACAGGGACUUCAUACAACCAACCAUGUAAUCCAUAUUUGUGUAUUACAUAUAUUAUAUACUAGCCGUGUGGCCAGAUGGAUGCUGUGUUAAUCUACAUUCGUUAUUAUUGUUUCCUUUGACAACAAUUAACGGGAAAACAAUUUUGAUACUUAAAAUUUACAUAUCUUAACUUUGGUGCAAUCAAAUUAACUUACAGGAACUCAUGAUAAAAAAAACAAGUUCUCAUAAAAUGCCAUCUUCAAAUUUUGAAUCAGUGUUGACAGUCAUUAGGCAAAUAUGAUUUUUUUAUCAUUGGUGAUUGAUGCAGGCCCUAUGAGCCUCUUCUCACUCAGUCAUUGCUGACUUUGAAAUAAGUAGCAUUGUUGAUUAUUAAUUAGGUUUAAGGAGUAAUGAGGUGUUUGUGUUUAAUCUAGUCAUUAAUUAUGAUAUUUAAUACACAGGGUAAUCAAAGUUUUAGAUGUACAUGUAUACUGUUGGGAAAUAGGUUUCACACCGAGUAGAAACAGGACAACAUUAUCAUUUGGAUGUUUUUAAGGGUUAAACAUCCUCAGACAUGGAAGGUUGUACAGACAGCUAUAUAUUACUUAUUAGGAUGUAAGAUUAAUGUUUCAUUUUUCUUCCUUAUCUACAUAUUUUCACCUAAAGAAAUUUAAAAACAUAAUUUGAAAUAAAAAUUGGAAGGAAUUUUAAAGUGACUUGUAUUUGAUUGCAUUGUAAUGUAAAGUUUCCUUUCCAUAAUCCUGAUACCUCAGGAAGAUAGUCUUUGGAUAAUAGAAAGCAGUAUUUUUUAAGUACAUGUAGCUCCCAAUGGGUACCGGUGUUUUUGAAGUUUUUUUCUUUUUAAGAUUUUGAUGUUGUUGAUUUUUUACUUUUAAACCCUUUUGUGUACAUUCCUUACAUUAUUACCUGUAGACACUGUUUGUGUUUUUUGUCCAUCUCUCUUUUUUUAGUGUAACCUAAUUUUUGGUCUGGUGAUUUUUUUUCUAGUAAAGGGAGUGAACUCCUGUGUAUUUGCUAAAUUAAUCCAAGGGAGACAACAAGUUAUAUGGCUGGCCAUAAACAAUUUUUUUUAAGAUUUAAUACUUGUUGAUAAUAACUAUGUUUGUUUUCUUAAUAUUUAAUACUUGUUAAUGAUAACUAAGUUCAAAUCUAAGGCUGGCCAACAACAACAUUUAUAAUUUUUCAAUUCGAGUAAUUUCAGGUGAAAUAUUUUAAAGAAUUUGGUUCAUGCUGUAGAUUUUAAAAUUUGUAUGUAUACAUGGUAUUUGUAUAUUUUUGAUUUAUUUUGCUGCAAUUCCUAAUCAGCAUGUAUAACAAUAUCAAGUGUAAGAAGAGAAAUUCUUAUGUAUGAAAAAGUAUGGUUAGUUUAUUUAAAGUACUUAAGAAUGUGAUUAGUAAUCCAUGUUUUCCUUCGAAGUCAGAAGAACACUUCAUUAAAUAUUCUAUCUGGACAAUAUAUGUUCAACCUGACCUGUAUGUAAUUAUUACCAAGGUAUAAAUAGCUCUAAUAAAUAUACUUAUUAGUAA